AUAAGUAAUAUGAUUGAUUGAUUCUCUUUUUGCAGAGCAAAUGGUUUAUGGCUACUUUUUUUGUUGGUCUCCUCCUCUGGCGUCAUGACGGUGCUGCUUCAUGGGCUGCUACUGGAUCAGUUCUGAACUUUGUACUGUCUACUACCUUGAAGAAGAUGUUGAACCAAGAAAGACCCGUUUCUCAUUUCAAGAGAUCUGACCCUGGAAUGCCUUCUUCCCAUGCUCAGUCCAUUUUCUACGCAUCCACAUUGGCCAUUAUCUCAAUGGUUCAAUACCAAGGAUUCAGUUGCUUCACUAUGCUGCUCUGUCCCCUUAUUUUCUCAUUAGCAUCUUAUUUGUCAUGGCUACGAGUUUCGCAUCAGUUUCAUACAAUCAACCAAGUCAAAGUGGGAGCGGUUAUAGGAGCAGCUUUCUCCAUCUUGUGGAUUUGGUUAUGGGAAGCUUUCGUGUUGAAUGCUUUCAUCUCUUAUUCAUGGGUUAGAAAUGUUGUUACUUUAGGGGCAGUUGCCUAUUGUUUAAGCUUAAUGGUUAGCAUUUCUCAGAGUUUCUUCAAUAGAAUAGAAGAGGCUUAACACACAGCCUGACUCGGUCCAAAAACAAUAAAAAUCUAUGUAAUAAGCAGUUAUAAUUCAGACAAUAAAGUUUUUUUCAUGUAA